CCGCUAAAAUUUAAAAAAUAAGCCAAAAAACCUUUUUGCAUCAAUAUGAAUUUACAAGAUUAUUCCAGGAUACCAAAUAUUCAAUUUAAAAAAACCCAAAAAAACAAUGAUGUAAUUGUCUAUUUGGGCUAUGAAUAUUUAAUCAAGGGCAAUGGUCAAAAUUACAUUUACCUAAUAUGUAGAUGUAAAUGUGGGGGUCGAGCCAAGCUUUCACUAGUAGAUAUUGUUGUUACAAAACAACAUAUUGACACUUGUAAAUAUGCAACAGUAUCAAGGCUCCCUAAUUCUUUGCAAUCAAAUAAUAAUCCUAUCCCCCAAAUACCUCAAAUUAGGACAACAGGUGAUGCAACAGUAUCAAGGCUCCCUAUUCCUUUACAAUCAAAUGAUAAUCUUAUCCCCCAAAUACCUCAAAUUAGAGUCCUCGAAUUUCCUCAAAUUAGGGCAACAGGAGAUGCAACAGUAUCAAGGCUCCCUGUUCCUUUACAAUCAAAUAAUAAUCUUAUCCCCCAAAUACCUCAAAUUAGGACAACAGGAGAUGCUACAGUAACACAUUUACAAUUGCAUUCUUCUUCAAGCCCACCAUUAAAUUUAUUGCCUAAUGUAGAUGAUGAUUUUGAAAUAAUAGAUGCGGCAUAUGCUAUGCUUGACAUAAAUCAAAACAUUUAUGGUCAAUUUGUUAAUGGUCAAAAGGGAAAACCAUUCCUCUUUUAUCGAGAAUAUCUCUAUCGUUUUCACUAUGAAAGGGGGGAUGUAGUUCAGUACCGUUGCAGAAAACAAGGCUGUCCUGCAAAAUGUAAAUAUGACCAUAUUUACAUUUCAUCAGGUGUACAUGAACACCAACCUGAUGUCGGGUAUUUUGAGGUCCUCAAAACAAGAGAAGUUCUUGAAAGAACUAUUGCCCAAAAUCCUACCGAAACAAGGAUGAAUAUUUAUCAAAAAACUAUCGAUAUUAGAUGUUUAGAGACUACUCACAUCGAAAAUUAUCCAGAGGCAAUCCCUCCUUUUAUAUCAAUUAGGGGUCAUAUUGACAGACUUCUAAAGAAAUAUAGGCCUUCCAUGCCUCAUUCAAUUGAGGAUAUAAUAUUAACGCCUGUAUAUGCAACCUCUACCAGAUCUCAAAGAUUUCACAUCCCUACUGAAUCUAAUAGGAUAUUGGUCUUUGGGACUACGGAUAUGUUAAAAUUGUUGGGAGCUGCUACGACAAUAUAUAUGGACGGAACUUUCUACAUAGUCCCGAGAUUAUAUUGUCAGCUCUAUACCAUACACGUGAUGUAUGAAAACAUCAUGAUACCAGUUGUAUAUGCUCUCCUUCCAGAUAAAUCAAGGGAGACAUAUAUUCAACUUUUUCAUAUAGUCAAAAAUUUUUGUACCCGUGAAGGUAUUAAUUUCAAUCCUCCAAUUGGCCAAACAGAUUUUGAGGCGGCAGCUAUAUCUGCUCUUCGAUUUGUAUUCCCAAAUAUAGUGAUCAAAGGAUGUUUCUUCCAUUAUUCUCAAGCUUUAUGGCGGAAAUGUCAAGCUUUGGGUUUAGUUAGGGACUACCUGAACGACUCCCAUGUCCAUAUAGUUGUUAGGCGGAUGACAACUUUACCAUUUUGCAAGGAGGAGCAUUUGGCCGAGGUACUUUUAUCUUGCUACUCAAUGGCAACUAACAAUCCAUCCCUACUUCGUUUUAUGGAGUAUAUGGAUCAUACGUGGCUUGGUGAAACUGCCUUAUUUCCCCAAACUAUAUGGACAAGGUAUCAUGUAGAUGGGCCCCGCACAAAUAACCAUCUCGAGGGGUUCCAUCAUGCCCUAAAAAGAAAAACAAGCAGUGCACAUCCGAAUGUGUACGUCCUAAUAAAAAUAUUGAUCGAAAAUCAGAAUUCGAACGAUAUUAAAUUGAUACAAAUUCAUAAUGGAUCGAUUGUUCGGCGGGCAAAUCGCACUUAUGAAAGAUUGAAUCAUAAAAUAGACAAUUUAACGUCUAUAUAUACGUAUAUAUGA